UUUUUUUUUUAUUCGUUUUUUGAAACUUUCAACACAUUUGCAAACUUUUUGUCAUCUACCGAACCUUUUUUUGAGGUUCCAGAAAGUACCGUUUUUUUUUACAGUGUACUCAAGGUAAAUUAACCUUAAUAAAACAUUACAAACAUUAGCAAAUUUUUCUAAGUAAAACAAAACAUCUAAUUUUCAAUUUUUAAGAAAUUUUUAACUCAGUUUCGGUUCAAAAGAAUCUUAUAUGAAAUUUAUGAAUGAUUUUCUUGGAAAAAAUCGGAAAAUAUACAAAGAUUUUUAGCUAAUAUAUCUGUAAGCAAAAUAAAAAGAUUAAUCCCCUAUAUAAUAAAUUAUUCUUCAGAUAAUCGAUCAUGAUUAUGAUGAACCACAAUCUUCAAAUAUAAAUCUUCAUGAUAAUAAAUAUGAUAUUGAUUUAGAUUAGUUUAUUAUUAAAGUAAUUUAUCUGAAAAGCUUUGUUUUAUUUUAGGUAGAGAAUAUUCAAUAUUUCAUUCAACUGUUAUUGAUCUAUCCGAACAAAUUGAUUUAAAUACUCUUCGAACAUUAAAUGAAUUAACAAAUAUAAAAUUAUUUGAUUCAACAAUACAAAAUGGUACACAAAUACAUUUACAUCAUCAUCAUGUUUAUCAUCAUUCAACGUCAAUACCAUCAUCAGAACAUUUUUAUAAUCGUUUAGAUAAACAAUCAAAUGGUCUUUGUAUUGAAUCACUUAAAAGUUCAUCUCCUUCUUCUUCUGAACAAUCUCCAGUUCAUUUAACUAGUCGACAAUCUUUACAACAGCAACAACCAUUAUUUGUUUUAAAUAAUGGUUAUAUGACAGGAAGUACACAAAAUUCAACAUCAUCAAAUAUAAAUACAUAA